AUGCUGCUAUUGCCACCACCGCUGCUGCUGCUGUCCCUGCUGUGGGCAUGGUCCCUGGCUUGGGACAGCGAAUACUGGCUGGAAGUGCAGGAGUCCGUGACGGUGCAGGAGGGCCUGUGUGUCCGCGUGCCCUGCUUCUUCCACCAUCCCCGGGCCUACUGGGACUACUCUGUCCCAGCUUUCGGCUACUGGUUCCAGGAAGAAGCCAGAAUCGACCAGGAUCGUCCAGUGGCUACAAACAAACCAGGUCGUGCGGUGCUGACGAAGACCCAGGGCCGAUUCCACCUCCUUGGAGACCCCUGGACCUACAGCUGCUCCCUGGACAUCAGAGAUGCACGGCAGGGAGACACGGGGACAUACUUCUUUAGGGUGGAGAGAGGGCCUUCUGUGAAAUAUAGUUAUGUACACAGCAAGCUCCACCUGCAUGUAACAGCUCUGACACAGACACCCGACAUCCACGUCCAGGGGACCUUAGUAUCUGGCUUCCCCAGGAAUAUCACCUGCGCAGUGCCAUGGGCCUGUGAGAGGGGGACACCCCACACCUUCUCCUGGACCGGGGUUGCCCUCCCUUCCCUGCACCCCAAGGGCCCCCACUCCUCGGUGCUCACCCUCACCCUGGGGCCCCAGGACCAUGGCACCAACCUCACCUGUCGAGUGAACUUCCCCGGAGCUGGCGUGAGCACAGACAGAACCAUCAGGCUCAACGUGUCCUAUGCCCCCCAGAAGCCGACCAUCAGAGUGUUCCGGAAAGAAGACACAGGAAACUCGGGGGCCAGGGCAGGAGUGAUUGAGGGGGCCCUUGGGGGAGCUGGUGUCACCACACUGCUUGUUCUCUGCCUGUGCCUCAUCUUCUUCACAGUGAAGACCUACAGGAAGAGAGCAGCCAGGACUGCAGUGGGUAUGGAGGACAUCCACCCUGUCAUCGGACCAACUUCCCUGGAUCACCGGCGAGAGUCCAAGUUAGAGGAUCCUCCUGACCCCACCAGCUCGGCAGGGGCCACCCCCACCUCGGGGAUGGAGGAAGAGCUGCAUUACGCCUCCCUCAGCUUCCAUGGGAUGCGUCAUCCUCAGGAGAGCGCCCACUCAGAAUACACGGAGAUCAGGACCAAGUGA